CGAUAAAUUAACAGUAAUGAUCGGCAGGGUAAGCAUAUGAUUAAAAAAAUCUUUAUGCCCCCCCUUUCAAACUUUUCAAAAAAAGUACACGUUUACUUGAUAUUACAAAAUUAAGCAUUCUAGUUGGUUUAUGCAAUGUGAACAGAAUAUUUUGACGUUUACGCUUUGGGCAUAUGUGUUUCUUUUAUUUAUUGGCAAUUUUAUAAAAAGAUUUAUUUUUUCUAAAAAAAAAUGUUCUACUUGGAGAUUUAGUAAAUUAUUUAUUUAUUUAUUAUUAUUGUUAGACUAAGUAAUUCAAGUAAAAGUAUAAAUAAUAGUCAUAACAAUUAUUAUUUACUAUUAAAAAAAAAUAUGUAUA